AUGGAGCCUGCAGCGGCGAAGGCGAAGCCGCAGGGCCGGCUACUGGUGUCUACUCAGCUGGACGCCAAAGACGAGCUGGAGGAGAAGUUAGAGCGUUGUGUUGGGAUCGUCCAGGGUUUGACCAAUGGGCUGUCAGAGAGGGAGGCCAACGACGCGCUCACUGCCAAUGUGUGUAAAGGUCAGCAGCAGCAUGAAGAGGUGUGUCUGGGUCUGUUCACACUGGUCCUCACAGAGCCGACUCAGGCACAGAGGUGUUACAGAGACCUGACGCUGCUCAGCAGAGACGGGAUGAACUUGAUUCUGGUCAAGAUUAACCAGAUCCUGAUGGAAAAAUUCUUAAAGCUACAGGACGUCCCCAGAACACAGCUGGUGUGGCUGGUCAGAGAGCUGGUGAAGAGUGGAGUGAUGGGAACUGACGGUGUUGUCAUGACGCUGCAGAAACAAAUUGCAGGUGGUGAUAUCUCCACUAAGAACCUGUGGUUGGCUGAGAGUGUGCUGGAAAUCCUGCUGGAUCAAAAGGAGUGGGUGUUGAAGAGCGGGAUGUUGAUAGCGAUGUCUGUCUACACCUACCUCCGCCUCAUCGUCGACCACGGAGCGCCCAACUUGCUGAUUCUGCGCCAGAAAGAGGUGGACUUCUGCAUCAGCAUGCUUAGGGAGAAGUUUAUGGAGUGUCUGAUCAUCGGCAGAGAUCUGGUUCGUCUGCUGCAGAAUGUCGCUCGGAUCCCAGAGAUGGAGCUGGUGUGGAGAGACCUACUGCACAACCCACAAGUCCUCAGUCCUCAGUUUACUGGUGUUCUCCAGCUGCUGACGGCUCGAACCUCAAGGAAGUUUCUAGCCUGUCGUCUCACACCGGACAUGGAGACUAAGCUGCUGUUCAUGACCUCCAGGGUGCGUUUUGGGCAGCAGAAGCGGUACCAGGACUGGUUUCAGAGACAGUACCUGUCCACAGCAGAGAGCCAGUCAUUGCGCUGCGAUCUGAUCAGAUACAUCUGUGGGGUGGUCCAUCCGUCCAAUGAGGUGCUGAGCUCUGACAUCCUGCCACGCUGGGCCAUCAUUGGCUGGCUGCUCACCACCUGCACGUCAAAUGUUGCCGCCUCCAACGCCAAGCUUGCUCUUUUUUACGAUUGGCUGUUCUUCAACCCUGAGAAAGACAGCAUCAUGAACAUAGAACCUGCCAUCCUGGUGAUGCAUCACUCCAUGAAACCUCAUCCUGCCAUCACGGCCACACUGCUGGACUUCAUGUGCAGGAUCAUCCCUCACUUCUUUCCCCCACUCGAGACUCAGGUGCGUCAGGGCGUCUUUAACUCGCUCACCUUCAUUAUGGAGAAGAGAGUGCUGGCUCAUCUCGCUCCGCUGUUUGAUAACCCAAAGUUGGAUCGAGAGCUUCGAUCGAUGCUCAGAGAGAGAUUCCCCGAGUUCUGCAGCUCGCCAUCGCCCCCUACUGAAGUAAAAAUGGAGGAGGCCACUUCCAUGGAAAUGGAAAACCACAUGUUGGAGAAGGAGGAGAGUUGCUACGACCCCACAGAGGCCGCCUUCAGCGAUGAUGAGGAGGAGGUCAACAACAAAGGAAAGAAGAGGGAGUUCAGGUUCCAUCCGAUCAAAGAGGCCGUGAUCGAGGAGCCCGCUGACAUCACACCCUGGCUCAACCAAUUAGAUGACACCAUGAAGGAGAAAGUUCAGCAGCUGCAGAAAACCAGUGACACAGAGACUCAGUGUGAGGUGAUGCAGGAGAUCGUGGAUCUGAUCUUAGAGGAGGACUUUGACACGGAGCAGAUGUCGUCUCUGGCGUCGUGUCUGGCCGAGCUCUUUAAGGAUCACUUCAGAGGAGACGUGCUGCCCGAGGAGAUCACUGAGGAGUCUCUGGAGGAUUCGGUGUGCAGACCUGUGUGUCUGAUCUUUAGGAACCUGGUCACCAUGCAGGAGGAUAACUCGGGGUUCUCUGUGCUGCUCGACAUGUUGGCCGAGUUUUACCAGAAACAACCAAAGAUCGGAUACCACCUGCUCUAUUACCUGAAGGCCAGUAAAGCGGCAAACGGUAAGAUGAUGCUGUACGAGUCGUUCGCUCAGGCGACAGCUCUUGGUGACCUGCACACCUGUCUGAUGAUGGACAUGAAGGCGUGUCAGGAGGACGACGUCCGGCUGCUCUGCUACCUCACGCCCUCCAUCUACACCGAGUUUCCAGACGAGACGCUGCGGAGUGGAGAGCUGCUCAACAUGAUCGUAGCGGUCAUCGACUCCACUCAGCUGCAAGAGCUGAUGUGUCAUGUGAUGAUGGGAAACCUUGUGAUGUUCAGGAAGGACUCAGUGCUCAACAUCCUGAUUCAGUCUCUGGACUGGGAGACCUUCGAGCAGUACAGCACCUGGCAGCUGUUCCUUGCUCACAGCAUCCCUCUGGAGACCAUCAUCCCCAUCCUGCAGCACCUCAAGUACAAAGAACACCCAGAGGCCUUAUCGUGUCUGCUGCUGCAGCUCCGCAGAGAGAAGCCCAGUGAGGAGAUGGUGAAGAUGGUCCUGAGUCGUCCGUGUCACCCUGAGGAUCAGUUCACCACCAGCAUCCUGAGACACUGGGCGUCCAAACACGACGACACGCUGGGAGAGCAUAUCAAGGCCCAGCUGAUCAAGAACAACAACCAGCCCCGCAAGAGACAGAGCCUGCGGAGCUCCAGCAGUAAACUGGCUCAGCUGACUCUGGAACAGAUCCUUGAGCACAUGGACAACCUGAGACUGAGCCUGAGCAACACCAAGAACAACUUCUUCUCUCAGACUCCUAUCCUUCAGGCUCUGCAGCACGUUCAGGCCAGCUGUGACGAAGCACACAAGAUGAGGUUCAGUGACCUGUUUGCCCUGGCGGAGGAGUACGAAGACUCUCAGGCGAAGCCUCCAAAGUCUCGGCGUAAAGCUCCAGCCACCUCGCCCCGCUCCAGAAAAGGAGCGGCUCCGCCCACCAACGAGGAGGAGAGCGCCUCCAGCAGCGCCUCGGAGGAGGAAGACUCGAAGCCCAAAGCUCCCAAGAGGAAGAGGAAAGGUUCGUCGGCAGUGGGCUCUGACAGCGACUGAUGGACCUCUGAACCAAUCACAGAGGCCGUCAGCUAGCCAGCCACUCUGACCACCAGAAGAGGCCCCGCCCCCUCCCAAUGACUCGCACUUACGCCCUGGAAGGGGCGGGACUCUGAGACGCCACAGGUUUACAUCCUGCUGGUGAACUGACUGUCACAUGACUGUUUCCAUGGAGAUGAGGACUAAGCGGUCUAAAGUCACUGUGUGGCCCCGUGUGGUCGUUCUCCCAUGAUGCACUGGGAGGAGUAAACCAUGAACUAUGGGAACAUUUUAAUACAGCGGACAUAAUGAUGAUUGUGGGGUUUUCUCCUCUUUUUUCUGUUUUUUUUUUUCUUUGAAGGGGGUGGACUCUUAUUUUGGAGGAUCCUAACUUCCUGCUGUUUUUAGCAGCUCCUUCCUGUUUGUCUCUGCAGUAAAAGCCCCUUGUCUGUUGUGAACAUCGUGUUGGAGGAAUCUUCUUAUAAAACCUGAUGUUUGUU